GGCGCAGCACAGCAAAGGUCACAGGGUUUUACUUCCGGUCUCCCGGUCCACACGCGUUUCCUACGCGGUUUUGUGAAUUGAAACACGACUUUGUUUCGUUAAAAUACAGACACCAUGAGCAAAGCGCAUCCACCAGAGCUAAAGAAAUUCAUGGACAAAAAGCUUUCCCUGAAGCUGAAUGGAGGCAGACACGUCCAGGGCAUCCUGCGAGGGUUCGACCCCUUCAUGAACCUGGUGAUGGACGACUGUCUGGAGAUGGGCCCCGGGGGACAGCAGAACACCAUCGGGAUGGUGGUCAUCCGAGGAAACAGCAUCAUCAUGUUGGAGGCUUUGGAGCGAGUAUGAGCAGAGCACAGCGGCGCCUCCUGUUUUCUCAUUCCAUUGUAGUUCAUUCACAAUGAAAGUCUGUUGGUUUUGAGAUGUUUGUUUGUUAAUAAACUAUUUUUCUUUUUA